CUAACGGAUGCAAAUUUAGGUGGGGUAAAAUACUUAGUACAUAAAGAACUAAGAACUCUAAUAAUUCUCUUCCGUAGAACAUACACGAAUCGGUCGCGAUCCGCACGAAAUUUGGAAAGGAAAAUCAUGCUGUUUUCGGUUCUGUCAAUUCUCUCGCUGGCCUAUGCUGCCCAGGCGGCAGAAGUGUGCUAUGGCGACCUGGGCUGUUUCUCUAACAUCGCCCCGUUCUGGGGACUGAACCGGCCGCUGUCGUCUCUGCCUGACGCCCCUGACGUCAUCGGGACCAAGUUCUACCUGUACACCCGCGCUAACCCAACUAUGGCGCUCAGGGAACGUUUGGUGGCUGACUCCGUGGCCACGCUGUCAGCAUCUCACUUCAGCGCCUCCAAACCCACCCGGAUGGUCAUCCACGGUUUUACCGGCACGGCUGAGCAUGCGUGGGUCCAGACCAUCGUGGACGAGCUACUGUUGAAGGAGGACAUCAAUGUGGUGACUGUUGACUGGGCUGACGGAGCGUCCAUAGUCGGGUCGUACGGGCAGGCCACGGCGAACAGCCGGGUGGUGGGAGCAGAAGUGGCGAAGCUGGUGAACUACAUGAGCGCACAGACCGGGGCAAACGCACGGGACUUCCACCUGAUUGGUCACAGCCUGGGAUGUCACGUGGCCGGAUACGCGGGCGACAUCCUCGGCAGCGUUGGACGUAUCACUGCUCUUGACGCCUCCGAGCCGUACUUUGACGGGAUGGACGCCAUCGUCAAGCUGGACCCGACCGACGCCCUGUUCGUGGACGUGAUCCACAGUGACGGCUCGCCGUUCAUCGGGACUCUCGGCAUGGGCACCAGCCUGCCCACCGGACACGUGGACUUCUACCCGAACGGCGGCGAGUACCAGCCCGGCUGCCAUGACAGCAUCGUCUCCAGUGUGGUCUCCACAGGCUUUGGGCUGCUCACUGACGGAUACGAUGGUGCAGAAGCUGCAGCUGCUUGCAGUCACCUGAGGGCGAUCGACUACUUCACCGAGUCCAUCAACUCCGAGUGUCCCUUCACGGCCUACCCCUGCGAAAGCUAUGAUAAGUUCAAGGAUGGGUUCUGCAUGAGUUGUGCCGGGAACACGUGCUCGCAGAUGGGUUACCGCGCCCGGGACCACUACGGCACCCGCGGGAAACUGUACCUCACCACCACCGACGGGACACAGCCUGGCGGCAAGUUCUGCGCCUACCACUACAAGGUUCAAGUGACGUCAUCCACCCGUAUGGAGGAGACUGCCGGGCGUCUGUACGUCACGUUCCAGGGACCGAGCGGGAUCACCGACACCAUGGAGGUCACAGACGGUGACAUCAUGGACCUGAAGCCCGGCGUGACGUACCAGAAGCUGGUGAGCAGCCCCAUGAACAUCGGGCACGUCACGAGAGUCAACCUCAGGUUCGUCCGCUCCAGCAGCAUCUGGGACUUCUUCGCCGCCCAGUACUACACCGUCGGCAAGGUGACCAUCACAGCCGGGGAGAGUCAGACAAGCUACAAGUUCUGCGGCAGCGACACCCCCGUCAACGAUGCCGAGACUCUACAGCUGAACCACGUCGGCGGCAACUGUGAGGACAUCAAUGUGGUGACUGUUGACUGGGCUGACGGAGCGUCCAUAGUCGGGUCGUACGGGCAGGCCACGGCGAACAGCCGGGUGGUGGGAGCAGAAGUGGCGAAGCUGGUGAACUACAUGAGCGCACAGACCGGGGCAAACGCACGGGACUUCCACCUGAUUGGUCACAGCCUGGGAUGUCACGUGGCCGGAUACGCGGGCGACAUCCUCGGCAGCGUUGGACGUAUCACUGCUCUUGACGCCUCUGAGCCGUACUUUGACGGGAUGGACGCGAUUGUCAAGCUGGACCCGACCGACGCCCUGUUCGUGGACGUGAUCCACAGUGACGGCUCGCCGUUCAUCGGGACUCUCGGCAUGGGCACCAGCCUGCCCACCGGACACGUGGACUUCUACCCGAACGGCGGCGAGUACCAGCCCGGCUGCCAUGACAGCAUUGUCUCCAGUGUGGUCUCCACAGGCUUUGGGCUGCUCACUGACGGAUACGAUGGUGCAGAAGCUGCAGCUGCUUGCAGUCACCUGAGGGCGAUCGACUACUUCACCGAGUCCAUCAACUCCGAGUGUCCGUUCACGGCCUACCCCUGCGAAAGCUAUGAUAAGUUCAAGGACGGGUUCUGCAUGAGUUGUGCCGGUAACACGUGCUCGCAGAUGGGUUACCGCGCCCGGGACCACUACGGCACCCGCGGGAAACUGUACCUCACUACUACAGACGGGACACAGCCUGGCGGCAAGUUCUGCGCCUACCACUACAAGGUUCAAGUGACGUCAUCCACCCGUAUGGAGGAGACUGCCGGGCGUCUGUACGUCACGUUCCAGGGACCGAGCGGGAUCACCGACACCAUGGAGGUCACGGACGGUGACAUCAUGGACCUGAAGCCGGGCGUGACGUACCAGAAGCUGGUGAGCAGCCCCAUGAACAUCGGGCACGUCACGAGAGUCAACCUCAGGUUCGUCCGCUCCAGCAGCAUCUGGGACUUCUUCGCCGCGCAGUACUACACCGUCGGCAAGGUGACCAUCACAGCCGGGGAGAGUCAGACAAGCUACAAGUUCUGCGGCAGCGACACCCCCGUCAACGAUGCCGAGACUCUACAACUGAACCACGUCGGCGGCAACUGUUAAAGUCACCAUGUCACAGUCAAAUAUGCAUGGAAACAUGGGCGGCAAAAUAUGAGACAACCAUUUCGCUUUGUGGAUAGUAAAAAUAUAUCUGGAAGUA